AUGACAAACUCUGGGAGUCCAUUGAUUGCUUGUUUUGGGGAGAUGCUCAUCGAUUUCGUGCCUGACACCGCCGGAGUAUCCUUGGCCGAGUCUCAGGGGUUCCUUAAGGCCCCGGGUGGUGCACCUGCUAAUGUUGCUUGCGCCAUUACCAAGCUCGGUGGUAACACUGCAUUCAUCGGCAAGGUUGGAGAAGACGAGUUUGGGCGAAUGUUGGUGGAUAUCUUGAAGAAGAACAGGGUGAACACCGAUGGAGUGUUGUUCGAUCAGCAUGCGAGAACAGCAUUGGCAUUUGUUACUCUCAAGAGCAAUGGAGAGAGGGAAUUCAUGUUUUACAGGAACCCUAGCGCGGACAUGCUGCUGAAGGAAUCGGAGCUGAACAUUGGCCUGAUCAAGCAGGCCACGAUCUUCCAUUAUGGUUCCAUAAGCCUGAUAACCGAGCCAUGCAAAUCUGCUCACAUGGCUGCCAUGAAGGCCGCCAAGCAGGCUGGGAUUCUGCUGUCGUAUGACCCGAACGUCCGGCUGCCUCUAUGGCCUUCGGCAGAGGCUGCCAGGACUGGCAUCAAAAGUAUCUGGCGUGAAGCUGAUUUCAUCAAGGUUAGCGAUGAUGAGGUAGCAUUCCUUACAGGAAAAGAUCCCGAAAACGAAGAGGCAAGCUUCAAAGGAAAGGUUGAUGGAUUUGCAGUUAAGACAGUUGACACCACUGGGGCUGGCGAUUCUUUUGUUGGGGCACUUCUGGUUUCCGUAGCCAAAGAUCCUUCUAUUUUUCAGGAUGAAGGGAAGCUGAAAGACGUUCUGACAUUCGCAAAUGCUUGUGGAGCUCUUUGUACAACCCAGAAAGGAGCAAUCCCAGCUCUUCCGACCCCCUCGGAUGCCCACGCACUCAUUGCCCAUUCCAGAAGCAAAUAG